AUGACAACAAAUAAUUCAAUUGUAUCAACAGAUACACAUAUUGAAAUUGAAUGUAAAGAAUUUUUACCUGAAGUCUAUGAUACAUGGUCAUAUAUACAUGAAUUAUCGAAAGAUACAAUAAAUUUUCAUGAAAUUUAUGAUAGUUAUAAAUAUGAACGUUUAGAAAAUCGACAAAAAGAUUAUUUUCAUCAACUAAAAAUACUUAAUGAUACAAUAUAUAAAUUAUCAUUUUUAAUUCAUCAACGUAUUCUAUCACUUGAAAAACUUGUUCAACCAGCAUUAGAUGAAUUUCGUAAAAGUAUAUUAAUUGAUCAACAAAGAAAUUCUUAUAUACCAGCUUAUAUACGUAUUGUACAAAAUCAAUUGAAUAGUUUAAAAUUAUCAUUUAAACGUAUUAUAACACAACAUAAUGCUGAUUCAAUUGAUUAUCAAAAUGAUCUUAAACAAUCUGUUGAUAAUUCAAAAAUAUUUGUUGAAUCGUAUCAACAAAUAUCACGAGUAACAAGGGAUAAAAUCAAAUCAUUAUUUAAUACAGAUGAAAAUAAUAUACCAAUUGAAUCACAAGAACAAAAUUUAAUUGAACAAGAAACAGAAAUUGUUGAUCUUGAAACACGUUUAGAAAGUUUAAGAAUAUUAAAAGAACGUGUUCGACAAAUGAAUGCAAUGACAAUGGCUUUAUAUUUUUCUGUUCAAGAACAAAAUGAAUUAGCCGAUAAUAUUUGGUUAAAUACAAGUGCUGGCUCGGAUUAUAUAGCACAAAGUGUUGAUGAAUUUCGUUUAGUUAAAAAAUUAAAGCAAUCAAAAAUGAAUUUAUGGAUUAAAUUAAUAUGUAUUACAUUUUGUUUUCUUUUGGUUCUUAUUUUUAUACUUAUACUUAUACUUAUUCUUAAUAAAUAUUAA